AUGCCGCCACGUAGGGAACCCGAUCAUCUGGCUCCUACUCAGGCUACAGUAGUCGCCCAGUUCCGCAACUAUCAUGCCGAAAAGUUCUCAGGGCAGGGAGAUCCUCGAAUAGUAGACGAGUGGAUUCAGGGCCUGGAGUUUAUCUUCGAGGUCAUGGAGUUCCCUGAGAGAUAUCGUGUUGUUUGCGCUCAGCUUCAGCUCACCGGUGAUGCUAGGCUCUGGUGGAACGCUUACUGGAGCAUGCGUCCCGGCGAGAAGGCGGGAUGUACGUGGGAGAUGUUUAAGGAGUUAAUCCGCGAGAAGUACUACCCCACAUACUACCGAGCAGAGAUGGAGCGUCAGUUUCUAUCGCUCCAGCAGGGUACUCGUACUGUUGACGAGUAUGAGAGGGAAUUUACUAGACUUGCAGCUUUCGUUCCUGAUUUGGUCCGCACGGAGGCCCAGCGAGCACAGCGUUUCAUUGACGGGCUUUACCCAGCAGUCCGUCAUAACAUCGUAGGCCACGGGACACAGACCUACGCGCGUGCAGUUUCCAUUGCACAGGAGGUGGACGCCAGCAUCAGGAGGGAGGUCGUCCGUGAUCAGUUCCAGCCAUCCGCCCCUGCUCAGUCAUCUUCAGUUCCACCUAUGCCAGCUCUACCAUCUGCUCAGCCACCGAAGAAUAAGAAGAGGAAGGGGAAAGGUCCCCCGACAGACAAGAGGACCCGACGGAGGCUACAGCAGAUCCCACAGUGCCCGACAUGCGGACGACUUCACCGAGGCGAGUGUCGCUUUGGUCAGGAUGUACGCUACUACUGUCACGAGCCAGGACACUUCGCGAACCGUUGUCCGAAGAAGGCGCAGCAGCCUCAGCAACCACCGCAGCAGCAGCAGCCCCGUCAGCAGGCUCAGAGGCCGCCUCAGCAGCAACAGCAGAGGGGCAGACAGCAGGCCCGAGUUUACGCAGUGGAUCAGGCAGAGGCCGAACAGCAGCCAGGUACCAUGUCAGGGAUGGUUGUUCUUAAUAAUGUUCCUGUGUUUGCUUUGUUCGAUACUGGAGCGACACAUUCUUUCAUUUCACGACGAUGUCUUGAUGCCAUCGGAGUUCGCGCUACUACCGCUAUCGAUCCUCUCGAGGUAAGAUUAGCCUCGGGACGAAAGAUAGUGACUUCAGCUAAAGCAUUAGAUCUUAGCCUUUCCAUCGGUGUCCGAGUAUUGUCUACCGACGCGUUUGUUCUCGAGAUGAGGGACUUCGAACUUAUUCUCGAAAUGGAUUGGCUAUCCUUUUAUCAUGCGGAUAUCAGAUGUCAUGACCGGGAGAUUACGCUUUAUCUUCCGGGAGACGAGUCGAUUACUUUCUUCGGCUCCAGGAAUCGUUCGUUGCCUCAUGUU